GAAGUCAGCGAUGCCCUCAAGAUGAGCGAAGGAUCUCUCUGUUCAUGGAUCGCUGACGCCCAGUUAGCACCGGUUGGUUCGCAGGCCUUCUCCACGGUCUGGGUAGAAAAUAUGGCAGAGUGCAGGUACCUCUCUGCUUGCCAUCGGGGGCCUCUGCGAAGAAGAAGACCUGAACGAUGAUGGAGGUCAAGUAGGAGAGAAGUCCCGUUCACGAAGCGAUGCCCUCAAGACGAUCAAAGGAUCUCUCGAUUCAUGGGUCGCCGGUGCCAGUUAGCACCAGUUGGUUCGCAG